UUAAAAUUACAUAUAUGUGUUUAGCUAUAUGUAGAAGUAAUAGGGUGGCAUACUUGCAAUGAACAGGCUGCUUGAUGAAAUACGGCUACAGAGAACGCCAGCAAAUAAAAUAAUCCAGGAGAUCAGGCACGCAGCUUACUUUUGACAUUGUCUUUGAUCAGACUUAGCAUGCUCUAUAGAACAUGUCAACUUGCUUCACUCGUCUUCCUCAAAAGACAAAACUGGAGAUUUUCACCAUAAAUAAGCUCUCCAUCAACAUAAUUAUCGAAAACUCAUCAUCACCUCCUAAUUCCAAUAUGUCUUAUUCUUCAAAGCUCUCCUCCACCGUCCUCCUCCUAUCCUGGGCCCUCCUUCUCCGAACGUCUCUCGGAGCCGACCCUCUUUCCUAUGUCUGUUCAAACCCUCAAAACUUCACCGCCAACACGCCUUUCGACUCCAACUUGAAAACGCUCAUUACAAUUCUUACCUACAAAACACCUCUCACUGGUUUCGGUCUCGCAUCCAUUGGCCAAAACAAGAACCAGAAAGCCUACGGCCUCUCUCUUUGUCGUGGGGAUGUUUCUCCCUCAGACUGCGAAACUUGUGUCUCCGAUGCAAUCACGGGACUCCUCAAACGAUGCUCCUACAACAAAGGUGCCAUAAUCUGGUACGACAACUGCCUGUUCAAGUAUUCGGACCAAGAUUUCUUUGGCCGCAUUGAUAACGCAAACAAGUUGCACUCGUUCAACGUGCAAAACGUCAGCGAUCCUGACGCUUUCAACUAUAAGACGAAGGAGUUGUUGAGCCGACUUGCCGAGGAAGCUCAUGCGAACCCUAACAUGUAUGCAGCGGGAGAGGCAAACCUUGGAGAAUCGAAGAACAUGACAGUGUAUGGGUUGACUCAGUGCACCAGAGACCUUUCUAGCGAGGAUUGCAAGAAGUGUCUUGAUGAUUUAGUCGGUGAACUUCCUAACUGUUGUAAUGGGAAACGAGGUGGCAGAGUUGUAGGCGGAAGCUGCAACGUGCGAUAUGAGAUUUACCCUUUCUUCAAAGUGUAGGGUAUAGAACUUCGUGUGUCGUGGAUUCAUGAUUAUGCAUUAUCAUUCACCAUAUAUGUUGUUGAAUAAAGUUCAUUCAUUUGUUAGAUUAUUCAUUAUUAUUUACCAUACAAAUAAACAAAACAAACAAAUGGUAGUACUAUUCCUAAGCCAUUGAU